CAAUUUGCGAGUAGUUGCCAUUUGGCAUUUCUCUUUACAUUUGCCGUUUCGCCCACGCGGUUGCAGCCUGUGCCUAACACCCCCAUCCUUUCCAACAUCAUGACUAUUACACCGUCUGACCCACGUCGCGCUUCUCGUCUUGAGAAGAAAUUCAAGGAUGUUACAAUUGGUAAUCGGCAAAUCACAACGGCCAUCGACGCUCGUCUCUUCCUUGAAGCUGUUUGGACCAAACCCACACCAGCUGCGUGUUUGGAGCUUGUUACCAACAGCAGUGCCGGAUUGGAUGCCCUUCGCCAUAGUCUACGAAUCGACUUGUCAGUCUCUUUCAUGAAGUCUCAUGUUCUUCCAUUCAUUGCCUACCUGAACGACCCAGGAGUGAAGAUGAGGUACAAUGGCCAACUCCUCCACAAUAUCCUUCUGCUUAUCAUCGACCCCCCUGUUCUUUGGAACAACCUCGUCAGUGUGUACAAGGCGGCUCAACUCAACGAAGAAGAGCUUUACGUGUUUGCCUGGAUGUGCCUUGAGCUGUCAGGCCUUCCAGGAAACGACCAUGACAGCAUCAUCAGCGACAUCUCGUCUGUCCUGCAGCAGCCGCCGUUCCAGGAAACCCAGGACCAUAGAACGCGAGAUCUCAUGUAUAGAAUCAAAAACACACUGGAUCUCAGAUGCACCAACUCUACCGAGAAAACCCUCGAAGCUGCUGGUGGCCGCCACGACAACGAUUUCGCCAACUUUCGCAAAAUUGCCAUUUUCCCUACCAGCGACGAGUUCUACUCGAGCACCUCACCUUUUUAUCGGCAGGCUUGUGAAGUUGCGGCGGUUGAAUCAGCCAUACGACCAAAGAUUCACCUUGAUAACCAGUUUCGCCUUUUGCGAGAAGAUAUGCUCGGUGAACUCCGCGACGACCUGAAAAUAGCGACCGGAAGAAAGAGGUAUAAGAAGAGCCCUCAAAUACUUGCCGGGCUGACUUCAGCUGGAAUAAAUACUGGCAACGAGGAAAGAGGACGAUUCUGUGCCCUCUACGUCAGCUGUUUAUACGGCUUGGAAUUUAUGAAACAGCUAAACACUCAACAACGCAGCAAAUUCCUGGAUGACAACAAGAGAUUCCUUUGCCAUAAUUCCUUUGGUGCUCUCUGCGGCGAAAACCACAUCGUAGCAUUUGCUUUCCUAGUCCGGGACGUCGACCAGUUGGUGAAGUGGCCUCCUAUUGUCGGCUUGCAGUUCACCAGUAGCGAUGCCCUUGCCAGAGCCUUACAAGCUUUGAAACCACGAAACAAUCUUCGGUUCAUACUGGUUGAUACCCCGGUCUUCGCAUACCAGCCUGUACUCGAACGCCUGCAAGAAAUCAGCGAGAUGCCUCUCGCAGGUGGUCUUCUCCGCCUCGAUACCGACGAGGAGGAGUUUUCGACGCCUUCCUUGAACCUAUCUACGUCUAUGCAGAACCAUGUCAGAAAUCUCGAAGGGCUACUGGCUGGUGAUUGCCAAAAAGUCAUGAUGAAUGGCUUCAACCUCGAUCAGUCUCAGGCACGAGCUGUACGGCAUGCGUUACAAAGCUCUGUGGCCCUCAUCCAAGGCCCCCCUGGUACUGGCAAAUCAUUCGUGGGCGCUCUGGCAGCCAAAAUCCUAUUGGAAGACCCUCAAAAACGUAUUUUGGUUCUUAGCUACACUAACCACGCUCUUGAUCAAUUUCUCGAAGAUUUGAUGCGAAUCGGCAUCCCUUCUGACAUUAUGGUUCGCCUUGGCUCCAAGUCUACCGAGGCUACGAAGAUGCUGUCUUUAGAAAAGGCAGUCCGUAAGACUUACUUCAAGUGGUCAAGAGGAACGAAAGAAAAGAUGGACAGGCUGAAGUCUGAUUCAUUUGGAUUGAGGGACCAGAUAGAAUACGCAUGUAAUGAUCUGUUGCAGCCUAAAGUCAGGUGGUCAGACCUCUUGGAAUUUCUCGAAUUCCCCGAGGACACGCACGACUUCUACGAAGCAUUUGCAUUGCCCGAGCAGAAUGAUGGAUUUCAGUUUGCAGGACAAGCUGGGAAAAAGAUGUCACCUGAGUAUUUGCUCGAGCGCUGGGCACAUGGAAAAGGCGUCGGUAAUUUUCGCCAACUCAGAUCAGCGGUCAGCCAAGGUAUAUGGAGGCUACCAAUCGCUCAGCGACGUCAACAUAUAGAAGACUGGACAAAACGUCUCCGAGACGAGCAAAUAGAGACGGUCCAGAAUUUGGCACGGCAGUUCGAUGAGGGCCAGAGUCAGUUAGACACCCUCUACGGAGAAUCUAAAUGCGCCUAUAUACAAACCAAGAGGGUCAUAGGAUGCACUACAACCGCGGCUGCCAAGUACAAAUCCCUCAUCAAGGCAGCCAAGCCGGACGUUGUUCUCGUUGAAGAGGCUGGCGAGAUACUGGAGGCGCAUGUGUUGACUGCUUUGCAUUCAGCAACAAGCCAGUUGAUCCUGAUUGGAGACCACAAACAACUUCGACCAAAGAUCAAUAAUUACGCACUUAGCGUGGAGAAAGGAGACGGCUUCGAUCUCAACCGUUCGCUCUUUGAGAGAUUAAUUCUCCAGGGGCACGAACAUGUUACUCUUCAGAAACAGCAUCGCAUGCAUCCAGAAAUCUCACACUUGGUUCGGGAGAUGACAUAUCCAAACCUUCUUGAUGAUGAAAAGACCCUUUCCAGAGGAGAGCCAAAGGGCUUGCAGGGAAGAGUAAGCUUCAUCAACCACAGUCACCAGGAGGAUUUGGUGAAAGAGAUCGCUGAUCGACGUGAUGCUGGACUCACACCGAGCAAGAGCAAUCAGUUCGAAGCCCAAAUGAUUCUAAAGCUUGUAAAAUACCUAGCACAACAAGGUUACAAGACGGAUAAUAUCGUGGUCCUCACUCCUUAUCUUGGACAGCUUCGGCUCCUGAGAGACUUGCUGAGCAAAGAAAAUGAUCCUAUCCUGAAUGAUAUAGACUCGGGCGAGCUCAUUCGAGCCGGGCUGAUGACUGCAGCUGCUGGGAAAGUCAAUCCCGGAUCAGGUCGCAUCAAACUAUCCACCAUAGACAACUAUCAGGGUGAAGAAAGCGAUGUCGUCAUUGCAUCCAUGACACGAAGUAACAAGAAAGGGGACAUUGGAUUUAUGAAAGCCCCUGAACGUCUGAACGUGAUGUGCUCUCGUGCCAGGGAAUGCCUUAUCAUGAUUGGUAAUAUGGAGACGUUCAUGAGAUCUCCACAAGGUAGGCAGGUAUGGGAGCCGUUCUUCAAGUUGCUCAAGGAGAAAGACUACCUGCACGAUGGGGUGGCCGUUAUUUGUCAGAAGCAUCCUGAGAAGAAUGCAAUUCUGAAAAACCCCGGAGACUUCGAUGUCAGAUGUCCCGACGGCGGUUGCGAUAAGGCUUGCAACGCUUUAUUGGCCUGCGGCAAACAUCAUUGUCAACGGCGAUGCCAUCGAAUCGACAACCACAGUAAAGUGACCUGUCACGAGCGCAUCAAAAAGACGUGUGAGAGAGGCCACCAAUACAAUGUACCUUGUAGCGACCAAAACGCUGCGUGUAAGUUAUGUCGAAAAGAAGAUGAAGACAACCGCAGAAGAAUACAGCGUGAUCUCCAAAUGGAAAAAGAGCGCAUGCUGGCUCAGCAGCGAUAUGCCCAGGAGCUUCAGAGCAUAGAAGACGAAACUGAUCAUUUCAAGCGACGGUUAAAGUACAUUCAAGAGGAAGAGAAUGAGAAGAUGAAGCUGGAACAGGCUCAUGCCAAUCUCAGGAGCACUCAGGAAACUUACAAUCGUGCAGAGACAAUGAAGGCCACACUUGAAGCCUCGAAGAAGGCUGCUGCCGCUUCUGCUGAAAGUGACCAACCCAGAGCUUCUUCACCCUUUGCCCCUGGAAGCGCGCAAGAAGAAUGGGCCAACUUGAAGAAGCUGUCAGGGGCGAGCAGCAAUGCGUUGGAUACUCUGAUGAAUAUGAUAGGUCUUGAGAGUGUCAAAGAAGAGUUCCUGUCCAUCAAGUCCAAGGUAGACACUGCGGUGCGACAAGGCAUUAAACUGUCCGACGAGAGGUUCGGCUGCACUCUUCUGGGAAAUCCAGGUACCGGAAAAACAACUGUUGCUCGGAUCUACAGCGAAUUUUUGACAUCCGUAGGUGUCAUUGCUGGUAGUUCAUUUAAAGAAACCUCUGGUUCAAAACUGGCCAGCGAUGGCGUGAAGGGGUGUCGAGCCUUGUUGGAUGAUGUCCUCAACGAUGGUGGCGGCGUUAUUUUCAUUGAUGAAGCCUACCAACUCUCUUCAGGCAACUCUCCUGGUGGUCUCGCCGUUCUCGACUUUCUGCUUGCUGAAGUCGAGAACCUCGCUGGCAAGAUUGUCUUUGUUCUAGCGGGAUACAACAAGCAGAUGGAGUCGUUCUUUGCCCACAACCCCGGCUUCCCAAGUCGGUUUCCCAUCGAAAUGAAGUUUGCAGACUAUGACGAUGACGAGCUUUUGCGCAUCCUCCAGCGCCUGAUUGAAAUAAAAUAUAACCGUCAGAUGAGAUGGCAGGACGAUCUGUACUUACGGAUAGCUACUCGCAGACUUGGUCGGGGACGUGGAAAAGAGGGUUUCGGUAACGCAAGAGCGGUCGAGAACUUACUGGCAAUCAUUUCCAAGCGACAGGCGAACAGAAUCCGCAAGGAAAGGCAGUCUAGCAAGAACUCGGAUGACUUCUUAUUCACCAAGGAGGACCUGAUCGGCCCAGAGCCCUCGAGUGCGCUAAAGCAGUGUAAGGCCUGGUGCAAGUUGCAAACCCUCAUUGGUCUUUCGUCGGUCAAAGAAUCAGUCAAGGCAUUGGUCGACAGCAUACAAACAAAUUACCGCCGCGAGCUCGCGGAGGAACCGGUCAUAGACUAUUCGCUCAACAAGGUCUUUCUGGGAUCUCCUGGAACAGGAAAGACAACAGUUGCGAAAUUGUAUGGACAAAUCCUGGUUGAUUUGGGCCUCCUGUCAAACGGAGAAGUGGUUGUUAAGAAUCCAGCCGAUUUCGUGGGUGCCGUUUUGGGUGGCUCAGAAGCUCAAACCAAAGGUAUACUUGCAUCAACUGUCGGCAAAGUUCUGGUAAUCGACGAAGCCUACGGUUUAUAUGGUGGUGGUGGCUCUUCCGGAGGAAGUUCGUCAAAUUCGUUCAAGACGGCUGUCGUCGACACGAUCGUCGCUGAAGUUCAAAGCGUCCCUGGGGAAGAUCGCUGUGUACUCCUGCUCGGUUACAAGGACCAGAUGGAAGAAAUGUUCCAGAACGUCAACCCGGGCCUCAGUCGACGGUUCCCUCUGUCAUCUGCGUUUGGCUUUGAAGACUUCAGUAGCUCCGAACUGCGGGCGAUUCUGGAUCUGAAGCUCAAGGAACAAGGGUUUUCAGCCACUGGCCGAGCAAAGCAGGUGGCAAUGGAGAUGCUAGAUCGCGCUCGUAACCGCCCAAACUUUGGAAACGCUGGUGAAGUUGACAUUCUUCUGAACGAAGCAAAGGCUCGCCAUCAACAGCGACUAUCUUCCAAGGAGACGAACCAAGUCUCCACCCUAGAGGCUCUUGACUUUGACGAGAACUUUGAUCGUGCAGAACGGACUGAUACCAACGUGGCCAAGCUUUUUGCAGGUACAGUGGGAUGCGAAACGAUUGUUGCCGAGCUCGAAGGGCUCCAAGCGAAUGUGCGUGCAAUGAAAGAGCUCGGCAUGGAUCCCAAAGAGGACACCCCUUUCAACUUUCUGUUUCGCGGGCCACCGGGAACAGGUAAGACGUCGACCGCCAGGAAAAUGGGCAAGGUUUUCUACGACAUGGGCUUUCUGUCAAAUGCCGAUGUGAUAGAAUGCUCAGCAACGGACCUUAUAGGGCAGUACGUCGGGCAGACUGGGCCCAAGGUGCAGCAACUUCUUGACAAGGCUCUUGGCCGGGUUCUCUUUGUAGACGAAGCCUACCGUCUUGCAGAAGGAGGGUUCGCCAAAGAGGCUGUUGACGAGCUUGUUGACUGCGUCACUAAAGAUAAGUACAAGGGUCGGAUGGUAAUUAUCCUGGCUGGCUACGACAACGAUAUCAACCGACUACUGUCGAUCAACCCGGGCAUGUCCAGUCGCUUUCCCAAAGUCAUCAGCUUCCACAGCCUCAGUCCAGAAAACUGCUAUGACCUUCUGCUUCGGCUAUUUUUGAAAAAGAAGAGCAGGGCCGAGGAGAACAGAAAAGGUGCUAGUAUUGACGUGGACUGUCUGCAGUGCCCUACAUCAGUAUUCCGGGAAAGUGCUGUCCUAAGCCUCUCUGAACUUUGCCAGAUACCCAGCUGGGCCAGCGCGCGCGACGUGGAAACCCUAGCGAAAACAAUCUUCGACAAGGCUCUUAAUGACGAGGACUGGGAACAGCUUGAACGCGACAAAAAAGCACAAGAGGAAAGAGACGCGAAACACAAUGCAUUGCUUAUAUCUCAGAAGGAAGCUUCGGGCGCAGCAUUCAAUGCGAUUCUAAAGGAACUGCUAGAAGAAGAAGAACGCCGGAAGAAGGAGGAAGAGGAGCGCAAGAAGGCGGCAUUAAUUGGACGUUGCCCCGCCGGAUACUCAUGGAUCAAGCAGGCCAAUGGAUUCAGGCAAGCGAUCACGGGCAAAGCAACCGACUUCGGUACCUAUUUCUGCGCGACACGGGGCGAAAAUGGCAAACCUGUAGCCAGCAACAACUUCUGCAGCGCUGCUGGUGGAGCAGUGUUGGUUAGUCAAGGGUUCUGCUGUGUUCGCAACAACAAUUUCGCUGUUCUCAGAAAACUCCAAGAUGGCUGCAGAGAUAACCAGCUGGUUUUUUCCCAAAACGACGCUCGCUGCUCUCCUUAG